AUGUAUCUGCAGCGCUUCCUGAUCGUGUUGGCGCUGGUGUUGUUCUCGGUGCUUGUGCUGGCCGCGGAGGAUUACUAUAAGGUGCUGGGACUGGACAAGUCUGCCUCUGAGAAGGAUAUUAAGCGCGCCUAUCGCACGCUCAGCAAGAAGUACCAUCCAGACAAGAACCCUGGUGAUGACUCCGCGCGCGACAAGUUCGGGGAAAUCGCCGACGCCUACGAUGUGCUUUCUACCUCCUCCCUGCGCAAGAUUUACGAUCAGUACGGGCAUGACGGCGUCGAGCAGCACCGUAAAGGCGGCGCCGCAGGUGGCCGCCAGAACGACCCGUUCGACCUGUUCUCGCGGUUCUUCGGCGGCGGCGGGCACGCUGGGCAUGCUCCCGGACACAGGCGCGGGCCAGACAUGGAGGUGAAAGCGGCGCUGCCGCUGCGGGAUUUCUACACGGGGCGAGAGAUCAACUUUCUAGUUGAGAAGCAGCAGAUUUGCGACGAUUGCGAGGGAACUGGCUCGCGGGAUCGCAAGGUCGUGACGUGUGAUAAGUGCAGUGGGCGUGGGAUGGUGAUUCAGAAACAUAUGCUGGCACCGGGCAUGUUCCAGCAGGUCCAGAUGCCGUGUGACAAGUGUGGUGGGCAGGGGAAGAAGAUUAAGAAUCCUUGUCCUGUGUGUCAUGGGCAGCGGGUUUUGAAGAAGGCCGUUGAGACGAGCGCCAGUAUCGAGCCUGGGAUGGACAAGGGGACGAGGCUGGUCUUUGAGAAUGAGGCUGAUGAGAGCCCGGACUGGGUCGCUGGGGACUUGAUCGUUAUUCUGGAUGAGAAGGAGCCGGAGCUUGGGGGUGAUGAGGCCGAGCGCACGGAUGGCACGUUCUUCCGGCGGAAGGGCAAGGAUCUUUUCUGGAAGGAGGCGCUGUCGCUACGGGAGGCCUGGAUGGGCGAGUGGUCGCGCAACCUCACGCAUCUGGAUGGCCAUAUCGUUCGGCUCGGGCGCAAGCGCGGCGAUGUGAUCCAGCCGCUGGCCGUGGAGACUGUCAAGGGCGAGGGUAUGCCGCAUUAUUCCGACGCACACCUGCAUGAUCAGCACGACGAGGACGAUGAGCCGGGCAAUUUGUAUGUGGAGUACACGGUUGUGCUGCCGGAUGAGAUGGAGAGCGGGAUGGAGAAGGAGUUCUUUGCGCUGUGGGAGAAAUGGCGCAAGAAGGUCGGGGUUGAUUUGGCGGCCGAUAGUGGCAGGCCGAUACCUCCGCCGGCGGAGGAUGAGAAGGAUGAGCUGUGA